CGUCGGGGCGGUAGAGUCGUCCAGCUCUCAGCAACGGAACGACUCCGGCAGCCGUGGCGGCCGCCUCUCACCCUCCCACGUCCCGCUCCCAGUCACCGUCACCGCGCCGCUGAUGCACCGAGCCGCCAUCGCUCCCCGUCCACCUCCGCCGGAGCUCCUCUUCUCACCGGGACCUCCCCGUCGUCACAACCGCGCACCCGAGAAACGCCCGCACGCUCACGCAAGCCGCGCAGCGGCACUUUUUACCUUCCUGAAUGACGGGCGGUCGGUUUGACUUUGAUGAUGGUGGCACCUACUGCGGAGGCUGGGAGGAAGGCAAAGCCCACGGCCAGGGGGUGUGCACCGGACCCAAGGGCCAGGGCGAGUACUCGGGCUCCUGGUCCAACGGUUUCGAGGUGGUCGGGGUCUACACCUGGCCCAGCGGGAACAUUUACCAGGGCUACUGGGCGCAAGGGAAGCGCCACGGACUGGGCGUGGAAACCAAGGGAAGGUGGAUAUACCGGGGAGAGUGGACCCACGGGUUCAAGGGCCGGUACGGAGUCCGGCAGAGCCUGAACACACCGGCCAGGUACGAGGGGACCUGGAGUAACGGACUGCAGGACGGAUACGGCGUCGAGACGUACGGGGAUGGAGGUACGUACCAAGGUCAGUGGACCGGGGGAAUGCGUCAUGGCUACGGUGUGCGUCAAAGUGUCCCAUACGGUAUGGCCUCAGUCAUCCGUUCACCUCUACGCACCUCGCUGUCUUCCCUCCGCAGUGAGCAGAGUAACGGUACGGUGCUGCGUGACAGCCUGUCCGAUAGCCCUGCUGGUACGCGUGGUGGCUUUGUACUCAACUUCCACUCAGACGGGGACGGUUCCGAGAAGAAGAAAGGUCUUUUCCGACGGGGGUCCCUCUUCGGGAGCCUCCAGCGACUGCGCAAGUCCGACUCGCGCUCAUCCAUCUCCAGCAAGCGCAGCUCAGCUCACAGCGACACCAACAUGAGCCGCAUCAGUUCAAGCGACGCCAACUCCACCAUCAGCUUUGGAGACGGUGACCCCGGCGAUGACUACCUGCCACUGGAGGACAACGUGGACGCCACCACCACCGAGUCCUACAUGGGCGAGUGGAAGAACGACAAGCGCAGCGGCUUCGGCGUCUCCGAACGCUCCAACGGCAUGAAGUACGAAGGCGAGUGGCUGAACAAUAAGCGGCAGGGCUAUGGCUGCACCAUCUUCCCCGAUGGUACCAAGGAAGAAGGGAAGUACAAGAACAAUGCUCUGUCCCGGGGCAUCAAGAAGCAGCUGAUUCCGCUGAGGAACACCAAAACCAAACAGAAGGUGGACCGAGCCAUCGAGGGAGCGGUGAGAGCAGCAGCCAUUGCCAGAACCAAAGUAGAGAUCGCCAUCUCCAGGACGUCCCAUGCCCGGGCCAAAGCAGAUGCUGCAGACCAGGCGGCCCAGUCAGCCAGUCAGGACUCUGAUAUCGCCAGAGCUGUGGCCAGAGAACUCGCCCCGGGCUUCCACCAGCCAGGCCCUGAUUACAUACGGCAGAAGUAUAAUGAGCCAUUGGAGGUGAAGGAGGUUACUGUGGAGGAGAAAAAAGAGAAAUCUCCAACAGGGAGCCCUCAUUUCUACCGGAAAGGCACAACACCCAACCAAUCUCCAUCUCCCAGCCCCACUGCUUCACCCACUGUUGUUAAAAAUAGCAGAAAAACUGAAGCCGUCGUCGCACCAGCAAAGCCUGCUGGGAAAGAGAACAAAGCCCCAGCAGCUGAGUCUUUGACAGCAGGUAUAACAAAAGCAGCAUCCAAACUUUCUCUCAGACAGGAAGUGAGGCUACAGGAGGCUCCGCCUCCGGUCAAACCAGCCGUGCCUGCGACAAUCAGCAGUUACCCCAGCAAUGGACAGAUUCACUCCCAGUACCACGGUUAUUAUGUCAAAGCAGAUGUCAAGAUUCCGCCACCUGAGGAUCCGAUUGGUGUGGAGGAUGAGCUUCACCCAUCAAGCCUGGCGCGUUUGCCGCCACCUGCCAAACAGAUUUGGGCACCCGCAGCAAAAUCCCUGCCGCCCCCCUGCCCUUCCCCAGUCCCACUAAAAGAGGCCACCAAAGCACCAGAGCCUCCCAAGCCAAAAAGACAGGAAUCAAGCAAACCCAAGAGCCUCUCAGAUACCAAGAAAGCUAGUAUGGAAACAGCUGAUGAAAUAGUGGAGGAGGAGUCGGGCCCGAACUCGAUCUUGGUGGCCCUAGUGAUGCUGUUAAACGUAGGUCUAGCAAUCAUUUUUGUCCAUUUCCUCACCUGACCAAAUCUGAACUCAGUGGACUCAUCCAAACUAGUCGCCCAAGUCACUAACUCUCCAUCAGCCAAAGGGGCCUUUUAAGAAAAUGGCCCCCUUCAGAAUGGCGGACACGGGCAAAAUGAAGGACUGAAAAUAGCAGAGUGAAGGUAGAGAAGAGGGGAGGGGGGGAACAAGGAGGACUGAGAGAGGAAAAAGCAGAGAGAGAGAAAGAUGAAACCCCUCCAGCUCCCUCUCCCCCCCUCUCCCUCUGGAUGGACUGAAAGACGCCCGAGUCCAACUUGAUUGGACUCGUGAUGAUUUGUGACUCCACUUAAGAGUGCAGUGAAAGCUGAAAUAAGCAGUGUGGAAAGGGCCCCCUCCCCUGGAGUCCCAACUGCGGAUGCUCGACCAGGCUUAGAAGCAACAGGAGGCCUGGAGAGUGGAGUGACCGAGUGUGAGGCCUGGCACCUCCGCUGCCUGGGCUUGUCCGUCUGUAGCUCCGUUUUCAUACAACUGUUCGGAAAGUUUUGAAAUGCUGCAAUAAAAAGUUUGUGUGUUGUCCAGCUGAGUCGAAGAUAAUUUGUUUGCUAAAUGAUCCAGCAGAGGAGCCUUCACCGUGUUGAAAAGUAAUCACUGCCUUUGUUGGUCACAUGCCAUGAGCUACCAGUCAGAUGCAUCCCCUUUGAAUGGACAAUAUUUACCACACAUUGGCAGGCUGCGAGUAAUAAGUGAUCCCAUCUUGAACCGUACGACACUUGAAAAGGGGCUUGUGUUAUUUAGUCAAUCGACUCCUUUCUGCUGCCAUCUGCUGCAUAACGUUUUGAUUAAUUAACGUUUGCUUCAAGUGAUCAUGAAGAUGGUUUCGGAAUGGAAGAUGACCUUUUGUUGAAUCUAUUAAUAGUGAACUCUCUUGCAUAAAAAUCCACACAAAACUAUUUGGAUGGAAACCAAGCUUGUGCAUAUGCUUGUGCAUAACUGACACACAUGUCUGCUUCUGUGUGUGUGUGUGUGUGUGGGUGGGCGGUGUACUGGAUAUGUUCAAAGAUGCACUUUGAGCUGAUGGAAGCCAACAGCUGCCUUACAAUUUCACGGAGUGACGUGGCGGUGGGUGAGAAGGGCCCAAGCAGGAAUGUGAGGCGCUUGGCUGAUUCUCUGCCACGUCCUGGGAGAGUGGCUCUAUUUCUAUCAGUCUGUCUAUCGAUCCGUUCGUAUCUGUUUUUAUCUGUUUCUGUGGGUCUGAGGGCCUUCAGUGUUUUAUGCUACAUCAGGUGCACGGUAGACAUCAGAAGUGUUCAUUUGUUCAUGAUAUUUGUAAAAGCUCGUAGUCUAGUGACCGAAAGUCUUUUAAUUGACAUGGCUUUCACUUAGAGUUUGUGCUGAACUAUGAAUCUAUGUUUUUUUUUUUUCCAAAGUCGUGUUUACCAAAGUCCUCAUUACCGUUUAACAAUGCCGUAUGGAGUAUUGAUUCAAUUCAAUUCAUUGUAUUUUAUAUAGCCUAACAAACAAAAAACUAAACAAAUUACAAAUUAUCCUCAGAGGGCUUUACAGUCUGUUCAUAUGCGACAUCCUUCGUCUUAAAACUUUCACAUCGACACAGGAAAAACUACCCCCCAUAAUAAAAAAACGCUAUGCGAGGUACAACUGUAUGAUAUCUGUAUAUAACAGUAUUUACCUAAACGAAGCCCAGUUUAAUACAUUUAGAUACACUCGUUUGACCUAUUUGAACAUGUCUAGAAGCUCAACUUGUUACAUUUCCAGCUAAGCUAACGUAACGGUUUCUAAACCAGGCCAGGGAAAGCUAAUAUUACUAUGACGCCGUUUGCGGUAUUUUUUUUCAUCGAUUGCUUUAAAAGAGUUUAGUAAUGUUAAAUCAUCCAUGUCAACGAAUCUACGUGUCAAAACUCAUGAAUAUAUAAAACGAUUCACAUGUCGAACUACUACAGGAAUGUUAAUUUGAUGAGAGAAAGUAGUGAGACUCGGGCGACGUCCGGGCAACGCUGGGGCAAUGAUGAAAGGGCCUUUAUUGCGCUAUUUGGAGGCGUUGAAGCGGGAUAUCUUAUUGUUAAGGCCAGAGUUGGGUUCCCGGAUAUGUUUACAGCGUUGAUGGUGAUUUUGGCGACCAUUUAACCAAUAUUUAAUCUUUGCGAAAAACAAAUGUUUACAAUGACGGUGGACGUCUGGCCGGGUCGUGGCUGUACCAGUGGACGGCUAAUUCACCGGCGUUGGCAUCCUUUUACCAACUCUGGUUAAGAGAAUUGUAACUUUCAUAAUUAAAACUGUAUUUGGCUCGAAAGGUACUACUUUAACACCGUUAAAUUACCUGAAAACAUUACACAAUAAUUUUCAUGAAUAGUUUUACCGGAUAGUUAGCUAAAAAGUGUCCGGGUCUGGAAACCGUAAUGUUAGCUGAUUAUUUUCAGAAUUUAGUAGUUUAUCAAUUAAUCGUUUAAGAAUACACAUUAUUAGAACCAUAAAAAAUACCUUCAAACCGUUUGAUAUUUGAGCAAUAUAUUCCACGAUUCAGCUAUCAUAAAGUUACUGCCACUUAUAAACUUAUAAACUCCCUGUUGACAGAUGCAGGUCGUUCCGCUGGCGCGUGCGCAACCUGUGGGUAGCUAGCAGUAACCUGUGGGUAGCUAGCAGUAACUUGUGGGUAGCUAGCAGUAACUUGUGAGUAGCUAGCAGUAACCUGUGGGUAGCUAGCAGUAACCUGUGGGUAGCUAGCAGUAGCUUAGACAAAUAGCUUGCAGUAUCUAAUGUCCUGAUUCACCAGUAUGAUUAUCUCUGGUCGAAUAAACAAAUGUGUAGUUAGCUUUGGAAGUAGAAGGUCUGGAUAAUGCAGGUAUAAGUAAAUUACAGAGUUAACUCUGGUUCGUUUGUUAUAUGAAGAGAGAGGGAUGAGAAGUCUGAGACCGUCAUGGUCUGUAGUUGCUUGUGAGCAAAGCACAAGUCGUUAUGCUGUGGGUGUGGGCAGCUGUACGGUACAUUUUAGAACAGGGCUUAAACAGGCCGUCUUCAAGCCAAAACAUGGUGUGAAUUUUAAUCACAAGGAUAUUUGUUCUCAAUAUCCAACAGUUUCAGAGCUCCAGGCCUGGGCACUUUGGGAACUAAGAGCUAUGGUGGAAAAAAUGAUUGCACUUACUUACCAGCAAAUAAAGUGUUAUUUAAUAUAUUUAAUCAACAAUACAAACUUGAUAUUUCAACAUACAGUUAGCUUGGUUGGUUAAGUAAACUUAACCUUACAAGUCUGCAAAUGCUAGCUGGCUAUGCCAACGAAAGCACAACAACAGAGGAAUAGAAUGCAAAAAGCCCAACGUAAUCAUUUCAGCAGCACAUUAAUGCUAGUUUGCUAACAACAUAAGCACAGCUAGCUAGCGAUACAAUCUGGUCAAAUUUAUUUACAUUUUGAAGAUAUAGUUGUAAUGAAAUAUUAUAGUUAAUAAUUUACCUUUGUGUAACUGGGGGAGGUUGUGUGGCUCAUUUGAAGUCAUGUACAUACUACACUAUACUUUUCUAUCCUGAUGACAGGAUAUAUACAGUAAAGAAUGUACCUCGUGAAAUAAUACUCAAAGACAGUGACUUAAAGUGUAUUGCUGCAUGUGUCCUACACCGUUCAGCGACAGGGACACUUCACCUGGUGUUGGUACAGUGUAGCAGUAGACACAAACACCCUGGAUCAACAUAAGAACAUACUGCUCGCUGAUGCUUUUUCUUCUUCCAAUCCAUAUUUGAUUACAUAUUGGAAAAUGCAACCUGUAACUAUUGCUGUAUUGAUUCACUUUAGGCUGUUUUAAGUUUUUUGGACUUUUCGACUAUUCUGGGAAAGGCAAAGCUGUUUGUUUGUUUUGAAGUACCAUUUUAGUAAUUAUAUUUUUGUAUUGUUAUUAAUGCUAAACUAGCAGUAAAUGGCUCUACGUUUCAGGUAAAUAGUAUUUAUUGAUGCUGAGUUGAUAAUAAAGAUUUCUCUUAGGAUUUUUGUCUUCACAGUUUGAACAGAUGAUGUAUGUUGGUGCCUUUGUCACACAGUUGUUAUCAUGCAGUGAUAAACGUUUGUGAUUUUAGUAUCACAGACCAUUCAAUCAUUUAUACAUGUAUGAAUAUACAUAUAUAUAAAUUUAUAUACACUUUCUCAUUGAAUGGAAGGUAAUAAAGUUGUUAAAGUCACAGUCAGUCCUUGGAAUACUUAAAUUGCUUGCGUAUUACAGCGUAAUUAUCACGAAACACAAAGCUGAAUAUAUAUUAUCACUUUAGUGCUUUUUUUCACAACAACAUAUUAAUCAGCAUUAACCAAUGCAAUUUGUUUGCUUAUUAAGAUGAAUAUUAUUGAUUUGUAUUGAUUAAUCGCCUGUGUUUAGUUUCUUGAGGCACUGUUAUCUAUCUGUAUGCCAAAAUGUUCACGGUUGAUAUGCUUAAUGUUAUGGUUUUGUAAUGUUGUAAUUCUUUACAGGGUACUUUUCAGGACAUAAUUGAGUGAUUACUGACGUGACCGUGAUGAGAUGGGUUUUAAUACAUACAGUGUACAUUCGGUUUACCUUUAACUAAAUUUAUUUCUGGUGUUGCGGAUUGCAAUUGAUUUACUGGUUAUUACCUUUAUACCCUGUAGAUUGUUUACCGUGAUUAAUUAAGUGGUUUAUUGCUCACAUCUGCAUGCAUGGGUUGGAUGAUGUUGAUCACUUGCAUUAUUUUAAAGUAACAGUGCAACUUUAAUAUUGUCUUAUGGUCAGCAUUUUAAAAUCCCAACCGGAAUACAAGGCAGUAGUCUGCUGGAAUAGUGCAUUGACCGUUUGCCCUGGAUAAAAAGAUGUAAAUGUUAUAUGACCUAAAAUAUGAUGAACAGUUCUUCUGAUUGAUUUUUGUUGCCAUGGUAUACUAAAAGUUUUUCACUUAGACAUUUUAUGUUUAUGAUACAUAGAAGCAGCAAGAUUCAUUUUUAUGUUUGCAGCAACUACAGAGAGCAUGAUUCCUUGAUCAAAUAUCGCAGUAUUCGGAUGAAAGGUUUAGCUAGAAUAUUUUAAAUCUUGAUUAAGUUUACGUUGGGAGAAAAAAAAAACAUUGUCUUAAAUCUGUUUCCACCCUUAUUGGUCAAUUUAAUGUAACUUAUUUUCUCACGAUGUGAUGCAUGGCUUACUAUACAGAUAUUUUGAAAGAUCGUGGAAGAAAUUAUUUGGAUAUUUCAACAUGGAUAUUUAUUUUGAAUUGUUUAGUUUAAAAAAAGUGUUCAGUGGAUGGCAGAAGCUAAAGUUGGUGUUUGAAACUGGUUUGCAAACUCAGUCCCAAAAUGCAUUUCAUAGUAAUAACUUAAUAAUUAUCACACGCUUACAGUCUCUGAAACAAAACAGAGUGGUUAGGAUUGCCAACAAAAGUAGGUAUGGGUUAAGAAAAGGUUAUGGCUGAUGGAACAUUUGCUAAGUGAGUAGAUAAAACUGACAAAACAAGAUUAGGAUUGACACGGUUUCUUUUGGGAGUGUUUAUCUGGAGAAUGACAAAGAUCUGUCAACAGAAAGCCUGCUGUGUCUCAUACAGAUGCUAACUAGUGCUUCUGUGCAUUACAUUACCGGUCAUUUAGCUGACGCUUUUAUCCAAAGCGACUUACGUCACACUUUAAACCCAUGGCUUUUACAUUUGGCCCAGGGAGCAAUUAGGGGUUAGGUGUCUUGCUCAGGAACACUACGACUUGAGACAUGGGGCACCCGGGACUCCAACCUCCAACCUUGCGCAUCCCAGCGCACCCGCUCUACCCCCUACGCCACGACGACCCCAUUGGUAUCAUAAUAGCAUAAUGUUUCUCUGGCAGUCAUUCCGGAAUUUGUGGAUUUGUAAUAUGGUGAUAUUAGUAAUAUGGAACAUUUUUUGAAUAUUUAAACCGGUGUGUGUCCAAGUUAAAACAGGCCGUAAAAUCUUUCUUCGGCAGGCUGGACCCAUUUUUAAAUUAGGUAUUAAAUAUCAUGUGAUUUUCACAAAAACUGUGACUUACUACACUAUUUCACUGGAAGGUGACCGUGAAAGCCAUGAAGUGUGAAGGAGCAUCAAUAUUAUUAAAUGACUUUCUGAGAAUCUAAUGAAAUUUAUCAUGGAAGAAGAAAUUGUUUUGUGUUGUUGAAGAGGGUUACAUCGCAUGGAAGGUACAUUUAUUUGAGAUAUGUUGCAGAUUGCAAUGGAGAACAAUGGUGUUGUCCUACUGUAGUCCCUGACUCACUGUGAGGCCCUUAAGAAUGAUGCUGGGCUAUUAGAAGAGUGACUAAGAAGAUGGGGUUGCUUGCAGAUAUUGUGCUAUAGUAGGUGAAAUGAGUUAAGUAUUGAAGCCAACAGUGCAGUGUUAGGAAAGUCCAACAACUUCUAUCUCCAAACGUGUAAAAUGCUGUGGCUCGCUUCCCUCUAUGAUCAGGUUUGCAUGCGUCCACUGGGAAAUACUUGGUCCGGUUCGAGCAACAAGAACUACUUUGUUAUCUUUUGAAAGAUUGUAGUUUGGGUUUAAUAAGUCUAUUUGCUACAUAGUUAAAGGUACUACGAGAAACUUUUGGGCGGUCCCUGUGAAUAAAACAGGUAAUGUUUCAGAGCACCAGAUUCCAUUUAGAAAGCGUCUCAUUUCACUGUAGUAGGAUCUGCUCUAGUCUGCCCUGGUUUCUGGCCUCUAGCCUCCCUUUCCUUCCACUGGCAUUAUGGCCAUGGUCUGGAGCACCGGGGUCUUGCCGUUGGCGCCCGGGCGGUGGGUCGAGCUGGAGCUCUGCAUGGCCGGGUGCAGAGCUCACCUCUUUUUUCCGGAGCUGUGGCUGCAGGUAGCAGUGGUAGUAAAGCCCUAAAGGAAGAAUAAAAUGUUAUAUAUAUAUUUUAUAUUCAUAACUAUGUACAGUAGGUGUACUUAUAUAUGUGAAGGCAUGCAUAUUAUUCCCCGGCAAUCCCCUCACAAUUCACGGCAUAGAAGUCUGACCACUGGGUCUCUGCUGCUGUACUUGACUGAGAACAACCAGGAAAGUCUGAUCUAAGAACUGCAUUAGACACACCUUCCAGCAAAGGCAUUUAAAAGUAGGAAACAUCCAGCAUGGUGUUUAACCUCAUGCUAAACUCAUGGUUGCCACUACAAACAACCAAUGAUAUGCGGUGUUAAGGCCUUCUCAUGACCAGCCAGUGUUUCAUCUUGUCACUGUAGCAGCAUGCGCACAUCAAACAGACCACUUUUUUAAUGCAGUGCUAUAUUCAGCCCGCUCCUGCUUGGGCUUUCAUCGCCGGGGAUGAUCAUCUGCUAAUCUCUGAAGGAGACCCGUUGUGGGCGCAAACACACGUAGCUCACCAAAUAAGGCGAAGGUGAUUUGGCUAUGAACCUUUGAUUGCUUUCAUUGGAGUAUGUUCAGAUUCAAGGAGGGCAAACACACGACAUAGGAGGCUGCUGUUAUAGAACCAUGGAAAGAGACGAUUGCCACAGCACUGGUAUGAUGAAAUUAUUUUUAUUGAGGAGAACAGGGAAGUGAUGGUGGGAGAAUCUUGGAUGAAUCUGGAAUGUUUUUGUGCUGUAAAGUAUAAUUUGAUCACUCAUUUGAGGAGAGCAGUUUGUCUGGAUGUUCCCCUCAGCUUGCCUGUGACAAAUCGGAGUAACCUUUAAUUCCCGUAUGUGUAGGGAUAAGCUCCACCUUCUAUCUGAGCCGUGAACCUCCUCCGGGCUGAAAUAAAAAUAUUAACCUUUUAUGUUCAUCUCUGUAUAGAAUUUCUACAUCGCUGUAUAAUGUGUUUUGGUUUUGGGGCAUUUCAAAAGCCUUUUUUUCUAAAAAACUGUUCUUGACUGUAUUUUGAAUAUUUGCCUUGGUUGCUGAAUGCAAUGAACAUCCUCGGCUGUUACUGGUGAUGCAUAUUGUUAUCAGUGAUGUUACAUGACAACAUGUGUUUGUUUUUGGGCAGUUAUUUCUAUGGAGAUCAAUUAAAAAAGCGGGUUUAGAUUUGC